AAAAAAAUUGAAGCAGGAGUGUCUGUCCUUCCCUUGCUUGGGCAGGGCUGUUUUUCUCUGCUGCUGCGCAGAAGGGGUAGUGAAAUGCAACGUGGUCAUGGGAUGCUGGCUUUAGAUGGGAUCCUGAAGUGGCUGGCCUAGAUUGGGCAAUCCCUGUCCACAUGCACCACCUCGAUUAGUGCAUGAUGUGAAUGAAAAGUGAGCCGGGAGGGGAGGAAAAGUCUGUACCUGCGAAACGCAAGUGGUGCACCAGGAAGCUUACUGUUCCCUGGCAUUGACAGUGCAUGGCGGCUUAUCCUAACUCUGUCCUGAAGUGAGGUGGGAAAACUGUCCAGUAAUCCAGCAUCACUGAACAGACAAGGUGUGCAGGUGAUAAGGAAUCCACCAUGAAUGGGCAGCUGGACUUAAGUGGGAAGCUGAUCAUCAAAGCUCAGCUUGGGGAAGAUAUCAGGAGAAUCCCUAUUCAUAAUGAAGAUAUCACCUAUGAUGAGUUGGUGCUAAUGAUGCAAAGAGUUUUUAGAGGAAAACUUCUGAGCAAUGAUGAAGUCACAAUAAAAUAUAAAGAUGAAGAUGGAGAUCUUAUAACAAUUUUUGAUAGCUCAGAUCUCUCCUUUGCAAUUCAAUGCAGUAGGAUACUUAAGCUGACAUUGUUUGUGAAUGGACAACCAAGACCCCUAGAAUCUAACCAGGUGAAGUACCUGCGCCGAGAGCUGAUAGAACUUCGCAAUAAAGUCAAUCGUUUAUUGGACUGUUUAGAGCCGCCAGCGGAACCAGGACUUUCCACCAAUCUGCCCGAGAGUGAUGCUGUAGAUGGUAGGGACGAAAAGCCUGCUGCUGCUGACGCUAAUGUUAAGCCAUCCACUCAAGUUAUAGCAGCGAGCAUGUCUGCAUUCGAUCCGCUAAAGAACCAGGAUGAAAUCAGCAAGAAUGUCAUGUCAGCCUUUGGCUUGACAGAUGAUCAGGUGUCAGGACCACCCAGUGCCCCUGCCGAGGAGCGAUCAGGAACGCCGGACAGCAUCGCUUCCUCCUCCUCUGCAGCUCAUCCCCCUGGGGUUCAGGCACAGCAGCCACCCUACCCCAGCACACAGCCACAGACGGGGCAGGUGGAAGGUCAGAUGUAUCAGCAGUACCAGCAGCCUGGUUACCCUGCUCAGCAGCCGCAGGCUCAGCCCCAGCAGCAGUACGGCGUGCAGUACCCAGCAGGCUACAGCCAGCAGCAGCCGCCGUCGCAGCAAGCCCAGCAGUUCCCGGCCUACAGCCAGGCGGGUGCCCCGGCCCCGGCCGCCGCCUUCCCGGGGCAGGCGCAGCAGCCGCCGGCGCAGCAGCCGCCGCAGUACUCGGCGGGCAGCUUCCCCCCGCAGCCCUACACCACGCAGGCCUCCCAGCCCGCCGCCUACAGCGGUUCCCAGGCGGCCCCGGGCACCUUCCAGCCGCGGCCCGGCUUCACCCCGCUGCCCGGCAGCACCAUGAACCCCCCGCCCAGCGGGCCCAACCCCUACGCCCGCAGCCGUCCCCCUUUCGGGCCGCAGGGUUACACCCAGCCCGGGCCCGGCUACCGCUAAGGAGGUGCCCCAAAGACAGCUGCUGACACGUGCGAUUCCAUCCCGACAGACUCCAGAAUUUUUAAUUGAGAUUCCAAAACUGUAAUGAGGCAAAACUAUAGCUGUUAAUUAAAUUCUGCUGGGGGGAGGGAAAUUACCAAAUCUUUCCUGCUUUAAAUUGUAUUCGCUUCCUAGUUUAAUUUGGGGCUGGGUGGUUUUUGGAAAACACUACUUAAAUGUCUGUAAAGUGAUUGACAUUCUAGCUUGCCUUGUCUGAAGGAUAUGAAGAUACUAGUUGGAAGUUUAGCCCACUUAUCAGGCUUGUUUUUACUAAUACCAUGAUGUACUAAAUUAGAUUCAUUCUGGAGGUCAAACUAGAUAUGAUGUAUUAUAAAUUGUAAUGUUCACAUGGAAAAACUAAUAAAAGCCCUGAAUCUA